AAGGCCAUCUCCAACAGAAUCCUUAAAACUUCAUCCUCUAAAAUACUAUUACAGCAUCCCCUAUCACUAUUGCAGUAUCCCUCAUUCCCUUCAUCUCCAACAGAAUCUCCUUUAUUUCAUCCUCUAUCUUCUCUUUCCUAUUUUGGUAUGUACUGAGCAUCGUGAUGACAUAUACUGAGCAUCCCGUUGCACUGGUUUGUUGCAACAUAAAUAUUGGUGUCUUCCAGUAGAAGGAAUCGUGUGAAGGAAGGAUGACGGAAGCUUGCGGGCGAAGGCUCCGAGAAAGUGGCUUGCAAGGGAAGGAGCACAAGUGGCUUCUCUUGGAAGGUUCGGCCGGGCACUAUAUAUAGGUGCAAGAGGGGCUCUCAUUUGCAAGCCACGAAAUGGAGCCUCGUGCUGCAUGGAAGCAGUACAUGAGAGAGUUAUGCUUCUCCACCGAGGAGUCCGAUGAGGAAGAUGAGUUGGUCCUAGCGACGCUUGCCGCAUGGCAUGCCGACGUCGAAGCUUCGCGCAGAGGGCCGUGGGGAGGCUCCGUCCCCGGGCACCGGCGCAUCCGUAUGAAUCGUCAGGAGGGACACAAUCGAUUGUACAACGACUACUUUGCUGAGUCCGCAGUGUACCCCGACUACAUCUUUCGGCGCAGGUUCCGGAUGAAUCGCGAUUUGUACUGCAAGAUUGUGAGGGAGGUGGAGGAACAUGACCCGUGGUUCAAGCAAAGGAGGAACGCUGCUGGAGAGCUUGGGCUGUCACCCUUGCAAAAAGUAACUGCCGCUUUCCGUAUGUUAGCUUACGAUGCUCCUGCAGAUUCUCUCGACGAGUGCCUCCGGCUAGGGGAGAGCACCAUCAUCGAGAGCAUGCGGCGUUUCGUGCGGGCCAUUGUCGAGGUGUUCGGUGACGAGUACCUCCGGGCGCCGACCGAGGAGGACACUGCUCGAUUGCUGGAUAUGAACCAGCGUCGAGGGUUCCCCGGGAUGCUUGGAAGCAUCGAUUGCAUGCACUGGAGGUGGAAGAACUGUCCCACGGCGUGGUCCGGUUCGUUCAGGGGCCAUGUCAAUGCACCGACUAUCAUUCUAGAGGCUGUGGCAUCGCAGGACCUAUGGAUUUGGCAUGCCUUCUUCGGGAUGCCAGGUUCAUUGAACGACAUCAAUGUGCUGCACCGGUCUCAUCUCCUUGACAACCUUGCUGGGGGAGUAGCACCGAAGGUACAAUACUCUAUUAAUGGCCACCAUUAUACAAUGGGGUACUAUCUUGCAGACGGGAUCUACCCAGAGUGGGCGACAUUUGUGAAACCCAUACCAUCUCCAGUAGGCCCGAAGCAUCAACACUUCGUGGUGCAGCAGGCGGCUGCACGAAAGGAUGUUGAGCGGGCAUUUGGAGUGUUGCAGUCCAGGUUUCCCAUCGUCCAUGGCGCGGCGAGGUUGUGGGAUCAAGAAAUCCUCAGCGACGUAAUGACCGCGUGUAUCAUCAUGCAUAACAUGAUAAUCGAGGAUAAGAGAACGGAAGGUGCUGUCGACUACGUCUACGAGGGUUCGGGCGAGGACGCGGUGCCGUCUCACGAACCAACCCCCCCCCCCCCCCCCCCCGCUUGAAGCAUUUAUGGAAAGGUACGGGCAAAUUAGAAGUCGACCAACGCAUCAUCAACUCCGUGACGACAUUGUGGAGCACCUGUGGCAGGUCGCAGGAGGACAAUAGACCUCAUGCCACCUUAAAUAAAUGUAAUAUCGUAUCGCAUCACAUCGUGUUCAAAUAAAUGUAAUAUCGUAUCGCAUUACAUCGUGUUCAAAUAAAUGU